AUGCCGCACGCUGCAAAUCCACCUCUCCCCGUUCCUCUAUAUGUCAACGACGGGCUGUUAGAACCUGAGCAAGUUGGCUCUCUCCGUCACUCGUCGCCGCAUGAACCUUUGGAGGACCUACGUCAGCGGUACAAAAAUGAUGGUUAUCUUUUCUUGAAAAACCUCCUGCCGCGGGAAGACGUACUCAAGGCUAGAGAGGCAUAUUUUACCCUUUUAGCCCCUAGCGGCGUGCUUGCACCCGGAACUCCUCCUGUAGAAGGGGUGUUCGAUAAGGAGAAAGAUAAAUUGAAUUUCCCAGGAAUGUAUGUAAGGCAUCUUAAUUGUACUCUCCUUAUCCUGUUCCAUGGUAAUACCUAUCUGAAAGAAUGCUUCUUCACUAGCUCUCCGAAUCCUACGUUCGGAGCUGGUUCAACUGAUGCGAACGGGCGUCCUCGCGGAGGUCUUUUUGUUGAUCUCGCAUUGCAAGCCCAUGAGGAACCUUGGUAUAAAGAUGAAUUUUGUAAACAUCCAACGCUCCAUUCGUUUAUCAGCAAGUUCACAGGAUGGGGUGAUAAUACUCUCGGUCUGACCAGGUCCCUUUUGAGAAACAACACGCCGCAAAACAAAGCAAUAGGUGUACAUUACGACCAGAUUUUCCUCCGAUAUGGUGAGGAUACUAGUAUGACUGCUUGGAUACCUAUGGGCGAUGUCGCCUUAGACGGCGGUGGUCUCAUUUACCUAGAAGGGGGCCAUACUCUUGGUCAAGAUAUCGAGGCAUCUUUCUAUGAUCUUGCUGAGAAGACCGGGCUUUCCGAAGAAGAGACAAGGAAUGCAUUUAAUAAAAAUAUGAUGAGUGGAGGGCUACUUGCAGACGGGCCAAAGGAGUUUUCUGAGGCGCAUAGACGAAAAUGGCUUGCUGCGAACUACGAGGCUGGAGACGUUGUUCUUCAUACACCGUACACGAUUCACGCCUCGACAAUUAAUAAGGACCCGAAGAACAUUAUUCGUCUUGGUACGGAUCUGAGAUUUGUCGACUCUUCUCGGCCGUACGAUAAGCGUUGGUUAAAUGUAUACACGUUCGGAGAUGGUGUAUAG